AUGGCAUCUAAAUAUGAGAGUGAACUUAGACUGAAUGUGGUAGCAGCUGACAAUUCUCAUGUGUACGAGGUCUUUCAAAAUUUCAGUUUAUCGAAAUAUCCAAAUUUUACCCUCCAUCUCGGAUCUCAGACUGUUGAACAAAUAUCAGGUAAUACAUACGGUUUUCUUUAUUGCAAUGGUUAUGACUUUAGCACAUUCGAUCAUGAUGUGGACACUUCUGGAUCAAACUGUGGACAACUUUAUCAUGGUGGUUGGUGGUACUGGAGCUGUGCUCAGACAAACUUGAAUGGUGAGUAUCUCUCACCCCCAGGAGCAAUUUCCACUCACAUCGAUGGAAUGGGAGGUUUCAUCUAUUAUGCAUGGAAAAGAUUAGCAACACUUAAAUCUUCACAAAUCAUGUUCAGAAAACACACCUGA